GUAUGUUUCAAUAAUUUAUUUAACUAACUUUUCGAUUGAAUUAAAAACUGAAAUUUUGUAAAGAUAAUAUGCAUUGAUAAAAAACAUGGUUAUACAAUUUCAUCAAAAAAUUCGUAUCUUGCUCUAUGUUAGAAGAGAUUAUUUCUCUCAAGUAAGAUAGGGAGUAUUAAAUUAUUGAUCUCUAUCAGCAGGGGGCUAAAUUAUGGCUAUUCGUGGGGCAGUGGUGGACUGGUGAGGGUCGUACUGCAUGAUUAUGAGCUCGGGUUCAACCUUCUCUUCGCUAUCGAUAUUGUCGAGGAGCGGUCGACUCCCUACAUAGUUAGGGUUUUUGUUCCGCCGAGCUUCACUCGUGUGACUUUGAUUUUUGUGGGCGAAGAAACACAAGGCAACAUGAUAGAGUUUUCUUGUGCACCCCGGACAUGGAUUUCAAUGGUAAAUCUCAAGGAGCAAAUUGGCAAGAGCAAUUUGGCGAGCCCAAGAAGGAUAGUGUUUCAGACAAAUUUUCUGGGGUUGAAAUUCACUUCUACCAUACUAUAGCAGCUCGCCUUCCUCCGGAACCACCUCCGUGCGAGAAAGCAAUUUGUAGAAAGUUUUUAUUUUCAUAUUAUUUUUUCUUGCAUAGUACUUUACUUUAUUUCAGUUUGAUCAUGUAUGGUUGGAGUAUUUUGAUUUUUGAAGAACUUUUGAUAGGCAGUUCUUCAUUUUCGGUCAUUUUAGGUUAUUUCUUGCCUGUUUUUUGUUUAGAGAGUCAUGUUGUUUUGUAUUGAUGACUGACUCUAAGUUUAUUCCUAAAACUUACGAUCAGAUCUGUAAUUGUUGUCUGGAUUUUAUAAAUAUGCUUGAUGUAUAUUAAUGGAAAGCUGUUUUGGU